GCCCCGUGGAUCUGUUUCUUGCUUCAACAGUGUUUGGACGGAACAGACCAAGGGACGCCCAGUCUUCCAGUUUCCGACUGUCUUUCAACCUCUUUUCCAGUCGCCGUCUUCGGAACCGUCUUCUCAGUCAGCCUCUCUCACCGGGACCAACCAAACCGUGUUUUGAGCUUAGCUCCUUACUGCCUAUCAACUAUGAGCUCUCAGAUUCGUCAAAACUAUAUUGCCGAAGUGGAGGCCGGCGUCAACCGCCUGAUCAACCUGUACCUGCGGGCCUCCUACACCUACCUCUCUCUGGGCUUUUAUUUUGACCGCGACGAUGUGGCUCUGGAGGGUGUGGGCCACUUCUUCCGCGAGUUGGCCGAGGAGAAGCGCGACGGCGCCGAGCGUCUCUUGAAGAUGCAAAACCAGCGCGGCGGCCGCGCCCUCUUCCAAGACGUGCAGAAGCCGCCCCAGGAUGAGUGGGGUAAAACCCUGGACGGCAUGAAAGCCGCAUUGGCCCUGGAGAAGAACCUAAACCAGGCCCUUCUGGAUCUGCACGCCCUGGGUUCUGAGCGUUCAGACCCCCAUCUCUGUGACUUCCUGGAGAACCACUUCCUAGAUGAGGAGGUGAAAGUCAUCAAGAAGAUGGGCGACUACCUGACCAACCUCAACAGGCUGGCUGGGCCCCAGGCUGAACUGGGAGAGUAUCUCUUUGAAAGGCUCACCCUCAAGCACGACUAGGAGCCUCUUGGGAGCCCAGCAGCCAUAGAGGGGCCCCUCUGGCAGCCCCCUGGUGUCAGGGCUUCUGUCUGAGCCUCUCCCUGCAGCCACUGGGCAGCCUUUUAACCACCCUGGAGUCCUCUCCUAAGCCAUGGACCAAAUGGAAACAAUAAAGCUUUUUGCAGCA